AUGUUCCCGGCAUACAAAAUCAAAGUGUCUGGCCUUGAUUCGCAAUCAAAAUACGUUGCCAUGCUCGACAUUGUGUCACAAGAGGAGAACCGGUACAAAUUCCACAACCGCAGAUGGGCGGUGGCCGGUAAGGCUGACCCUGAGCCUCACAGGCGCCUCUACAUACAUCCGGAUUCACCGGCGACUGGAGAGCACUGGAUGCAAAAAGCGAUUUCCUUUCACAAGCUCAAGUUGACUAACAACAUUGCGGACCGACAGCCAUACGUAAGUUGA